AUGAUAAUUAUUUUAAAAUUAUGGAAUAUUCAAUAUCAUAUAUUCCUUAUAUGUGAAAAAAUAAAAAAUAAUGUAUCCAAUAAAUAUUUUAAAUAAAGAAAUAAUAUUGUACAUAAUUAUCCUUGUGGCACUUUUUAUUUUGAAACCUUUAUUCUAAGUGUUCAUGAAGAUAAAAACGGAAAGAAAAUUUAGUUGAUGUACUAUCCUUUAUUGGGAAAAAUUAUUUAAUUCAAAAGAGGAUUAAAGCUACACAAAAAUAUACUAUAUUUUGAGAAAUUGAUUCCUUAAAUGAAUCCUGAAAUUUAAGUGAGUAAUACAUUCUUCAGUGUGAAAUAUGAUUUUUUUAAUAGAACAUGUCAAAUUCAUAAUAUAGAAUUAGGAUCUUUAUAGAAAGUCAUUGAAAAUAGUAUUUGGUGAAAGAAUGUUUUAUUUAGUUAUAUAUUUGAAAUUAUAAAGGUUUUGGCAUUUCAAGAAGGAGAAGAUUGGAAAUUAGCUAAAGAGUGCUAUAAAAAUCUUUUGAAUUCAAAUAGCUUAGAGAAUUUACAAACAUAAACGAACCAAUCAAUAUAAUUAACUUAUCAGAUAGUAUUAUUGGAAAAGUAAUUACACAGUCGUUCUUUAGUUAAAGUUUCAAGGAAGUUAAAGGUAAAUAAUUCUUAUCUGAAUUUGUGGAUGUGAUGGUGAAGAUCCUUACUCUAUACAGAGAAGGAUCGAUUCGAUGUAUGACAAAACAUUUUAUAUUUGGUACAAGAGAUUAUCCUAAUUGAACCAUAUAUAAAAAGGAGCAUUAGCUUUUAAAAGACUGCAAGGAAUCAAAGACAUAUUGAGUGCUUCAAUUAAAGAAAGAUAAUAAAUGUAAAAUUAACCAGCAGAUUCUUUAAUAGCAUAUAUUAAUACAAUACGGAUAAAUUAUUAAUUAUUUUAGAACAAAAUCCAAAAUUAACUGAAGAGCAUGCAAUCCAACAAUAUAUGAUGUUAAUCUUUGUUGGUGUAGAUAAAACUAGUAAUCUGUUUGGAUCAUGUUGUUAUGCUUUGGCUAUUCAUUUUAAAUUUUAAUGA